AUGAUGGACGGCAUGAACACGUAACGAAGCAAAUCUUGCACUGCUUUGAGUCACACUUAACUCAAGACGACACUACGUAGAUGUUCUGUAGCGAAGACUACGGAGACUGACACAGACGCUAGUGAGCUAGCGUUGUCUGAUGACUCAAAUCGAGAUUGAUGGUGUGCGUAUUACUAUCAGACCCAUACUAACCACGUCACAGAAGAACUUCAAACAGCUCAAUCAUUACAAGACCAUUACUUCUCAGAGCAAUACGCAACCACAAUGUACCAUCACGAGAGAGGAUGUUAGUCUACUAGGAAGUCGUUGUUUUCUUCUUCAUGGCCUGUUAACAGCAGAAGAGUGUCGUUUCUACAUCGACAAGACGGAGAGAAUUGGCUAUUCGAGUCUCGCCAAUUUGUUUGAGACUGAAUAUCGUUCAAAUGACGGAUUGUUGUCAAUUAGUGAAGAGUUGGCUGCCGGAAUUUACAGUCGCCUGGAGCCUUACUUGGAGCGUAGAGACAUUCUCCGCAUUCGACCAGUGGGAUUUGGUAAUCAGGGCACUUGGAAACCGCGCAGACUUAACGAAUGCUUCAAAUUUGGAAAAUCUGAGUAUGAAAUGAAUCUUGUCUAGUAGAUAAUUAAUUGAAUAACAUCUUUGUUAUUUCUUUUUUGUAUAAUUUAGAUGGCAAAUAAUUGUGUAACAAUUGUGAAUUAUCUAAUGUCACACUUUGUUGGUCAGCAUGGGCAAUUUUCUGAUAAAGUUAUU